AUGGGGAGCACAGUGAUGGAUGCAAAGAAGAAGGACUCCAAAAAGAACCCAAAGAAGAAGAGAGCCCUUCGACUGAAUAUGCCUGAUCUCAGUCCUUUUGCCUCUCCACUUCUGGACGGAGAAACAGACAGAAAUGAGAGUGAUGACACACGCAAGGGGGAUGGGAGCUGCCUCUCCUCCAGCCCCACUAAAGGGCUUUUUGCGAAGGCUUCUACACCCCAACCAUCCACACCCAAGUCAGCUAAUCCAGGCUCUCCGAAAACCAUCUUUCCCUACCCCCCAUCCUCCCACCAGAACUCACCACCCAAAUCCCCCCGUCGCUUGAGCUUCAGUGGUAUCUUCCGCACCUCCUCAAACUCCGCCCCUGCCAGCAUCAAGUUCUUUUCUAGAACCAGGAAAGCGUCUGGCCUCUCCUCUUCCCCUCCUACGCCGACACAGACGCCGACUCAGCUGGCAUUCCCUACGGAAGCUCAAAGCACUACUACGGAGCGCCUGGAAACACGCUCCCGCUCUCUGUCAUCUCCUCCAGACACAGGACAGCGUUUUAGUCUGCCACCCUCUGCCAAGCCCCCCAUCCCUGCUUUCACCCCCAACUCUACCUCACGACAGCUACUGAAGAGCGGCGCGAAUAUCAGCCUACCUGUAACUGAAAGCCUCUCUCUUUGGCAGGUUUACGGUUUAGCUGAAGGCAUGUUGGAGAAACUUGAACUUGAAGAUGAAGCUGCUGAAGAACCAGGGAGUGGUAUUUACAUGCGCUUUAUGAAGUCCCACAAGUGCUAUGACAUCAUCCCCACCAGUUCAAAGCUGGUGGUUUUUGACACAACACUACAAGUUAAAAAAGCAUUUUUUGCCCUUGUCUCCAAUGGAGUUAGAGCUGCACCGCUAUGGGAAACCAAGAGACAAAGCUUUGUGGGGAUGCUGACGAUUACAGAUUUCAUCAUUAUACUGCAUAGGUACUACAAGUCACCUCUGGUGCAAAUCUAUGAACUGGAAGAGCAUAAGAUAGAGACGUGGAGAGAACUCUACCUGCAGGAGACAUUCAAGCCCUUUGUCAGCAUAUCACCUGAGGCAAGCAUAUUUGACGCAGUUUACUCACUCAUCAAAAACAAGAUCCAUCGUCUGCCUGUCAUUGAUCCCAUCACGGGGAACGCCCUCUACAUCCUGACCCACAAGAGGAUCCUCAAGUUCCUGCAGCUCUUUGUGUGUGAGAUGCCUAAACCGGCCUUCAUGAAGCAGACCCUGGAAGAGUUGGGUAUUGGCACGUACAGUAAUAUCGCCUUCAUCCACCCUGACACGCCCAUCAUUAAAGCCCUCAGUAUCUUUGUGGAGAGGAGGGUGUCUGCACUGCCUGUGGUGGAUGUGACAGGAAAGGUUGUGGAUAUUUAUUCCAAGUUUGAUGUCAUAAACCUGGCUGCUGAGAAAACGUACAAUAACCUGGACAUCACAGUCACCGAGGCUCUCAGACACCGAUCACAGUACUUUGAGGGAGUCAUGAAGUGCCAAAGGUUAGAGACCCUGGAGACCAUCGUCGACAGAAUCGUUAAAGCAGAGGUGCAUCGUUUGGUGGUGGUGGACGACAGCUCGCGCAUUGAGGGAAUCAUCUCUCUGUCUGACAUCCUGCAGGCUCUGGUGCUCACUCCAGCAGGGAACAGCCAGGAUGAGGUUAUGAAAGAAUGAUGGGACAGUUUACGAUUACAGUCACACAGGAAAGACAUACUAAGGACGGGGCCUGAUGCAGACGGAAUCAGCCUCACCGAAGGUCCCAGUCCAAAUAUAAGGGCAGGCUGAUGUGGAGAAUUGUACAGGGGAACUGGAAGAACCAAAAACAUGACUCCACUCUGGAUUGUUUCCAUGCCUUAGCUAAAUGCAACAUUUGCAGCCUCCGUAGACUCAUAGACUUGUGUGGAAACCCUAAAAGGACAAAAAAGAAAAAAACGCACAGAACUGUCACUCUCUUUCUGAUUUCUACGCUGGGUUAGUUCUCAGUAUCGGUCGCUAUGCUGUGAACUGCCCUGUUUUAUGGGUUUGUUUGCUUCAUCAUGCUGCUCUUUGUAAUUGUCAUCGACGACAGUGCCAAGUUGUUCACUGUGGGAGAUACAUUUUGUUUGUUUGUUUUUUGUUUUUUUUUUUUAAUGCGAGAAAGCCAUGCGUUUUAUGCUAGAUGAGACCAUAGUCCUUCUCAGACAACAGGCAUGUAAUAACUUGUAUUGGGCUUUUUAGAG